AUGAAGGCUUCCCUGCCCUUGCAGAACAGCAGAACUCAUAGUGGUGGGCUGGAAGACCUGGGUAAAAACGGUGGACUUUCAGAGAUAAAGCUCCCUGUUAACGGUUGCAACGAGCUAGACGAUGGUUUUAACAUCCUGCAGAACAAGGAACUAAAGCAAGAGCCUUUGGAUGACCCUACCUGCAUAGACACUUCUGAAACGUCUCUUUCCAACCAGAACAAGCUCUUCUCGGACAUUAAUCUGAACGAUCAAGAGUGGCAGGAGCUAAUAGAUGAGCUGGCAAACACAGUUCCAGAAGACGAUAUACAAGAUUUGUUCAACGAGGACUUUGAAGAGAAGAAGGAGUCGGAAUUUCCCAGGCCGGCCGCGGAGGCCCAGGAGAGCACGAGCGUUAAAAGCGAUCCAUCUCAUUCUCCGUUUGCUCAUGUCCCCUUAGGAUCCCCCCAGGUGAGGCCUUCUUCUUCCGGUCCUCCCUUUUCAAACGUCUCCACGGCCUCUAGCGCGACGUCGGUAUCCAGUGCUCCAGCCGCUCCCGUCCCUGCUGGCUCGCCAGCAAACGGUGUUGUUCAGUCCCCUCAGACUCCCAGCCAGGCGCACACCCCGGGCCAAGCGCAGGCGCGCUCGGGAAAUGGAUAUCUCAUGAAUCCAGCGGCGGGGACGGUGGCGGCGUCGGCGCCUGGCCCCUAUGGAGGACCCUUCAGCGCAGACAAACCAAAUAGUCCAAUGAUGUAUCCUCAAGCCUUUAACAACCAAAACCCAAUAGUGCCUCCCAUGGCAAAUAAUCCACAGAAGCCCACAAUUAAUAACUACCUCCCUCAAAAUCACAUGAACAUGAUCAAUCAGCAGCCAAAUAACUUGGGCACAAAUUCUUUAAGCAAACAGCCCAAUAUGCUCUCGUAUGGCAACACGAAACCUCUGAGCCACUUCAGCGCUGAGCUGAGUCAGAGGAUAACGCCACCCAUGGCCAACGCCAGCAAGAACCCCAUGCUGCCCUACAUCCAGCAGCAGCAGCAGGCCCAGCAGCCGCAGAUGCAAGCGCAGAUGGCGCACCUGAGCGAGGAACAGAAACGCUUGCUCAUCAUGAAGCAGAAGGGAAUGAUGAACCAGCCCAUGGCGUACGCAACGCUUCCUUCCCUUGGUCAGGAGCAGCAGCAGGCGGGCCCGUCCCGCGCGGCGGGGCCCGUGCAGCCCGCGCCGGCGGCCCCCGGCGCUCCCGCCUUCCUGGGCAGCGCGCCGCAGGCGGCCCUCAUGAAGCACAUGCUGAUGGAGCAGAGGGCCCAGCUGCACGUCAUGGAGCAGCAGAAGCAGCAGUUCCUGCGGGAGCACAGGCAGCAGCAGCAGCAGCAGAUCCUCGCGGAGCAGCAGUUGCAGCAGCAGUCCCAUUUGCCUCGGCAGCACCUCCAGCAGCAGCGGAACCCGUACCCAGUGCAACAGGUCAAUCAAUUUCAAGGUUCUCCGCAGGACAUGGCCGCGGUGCGGAGCCAGGCAGCGCUGCAGAGCAUGAGGACGUCGCGACUGAUGGCUCAGAACGCCCCCAUGAUGGCAAUGGGUCCCUCGCAGAGCCCGGGCACGCUGCCCGCCGCCGCUGGCCAGUCGGACAUGGGCAUGGCCCCUUACAGCAACGCCUCCUCCAGCCAGCCGGGAAUGUACAGCGUGAGCACAGGGAUGAGCCAAAUGUUGCAGCACGCAAACCAAAGUGGCAUGAACAUGGCACAUGGCGCGGGCCAGGGAGCGAGGCAGCCUGCCUCGGCGCAGGCGGUGGGAAUGGUCAACAGUUUUGGGCAGAACGUGCUGGUAAACUCUGCUCUGCCUCAACAUCAGCAGCAGGUGAAAGGACCUGUGGGCCAGGCCUUGCCCAGGCCCCAAGCACCACGACUUCAAAACCUGAUGGGGACUGUCCCUCAGGGAACACAAAACUGGCCGCAGCGAGGCCUGCAAGGCAUUCCUGGAAGGACUAGCAGUGAAAUGGGGCCCUUCAAUAACGGUACCGCCUACCCAGUGCAGCCCGGUCAGCCACGGCUGUCCAAGCAGCAUUUUCCACAGGGACUUAAUCAGACGGUGUUGGACGCUAGUGGGACAGUGAGGGCCCUGAACCCAGCAAUGGGGAGACAACUGCUGCAGCCACUACCUGGACAACAAGGCCCUGGCCAGACCAGGCCGAUGGUGAUGCCUGCAGUAAGCCAAGGGGUCCCCGCUAUGCCUGGCUUUAGUCAGCCUCCUACACAGCAGGUGCCAGGCGGCAACUUUGCCCAGAGCAGCCAAGGCCAGGCCUACGAGAGGAACCCCGCUCAGGACCUGUCUUACAAUUACAGCAACGAAGGAGCAGGGGGGUCGUUCUCCGGUUUAGGAGAGGGCACGGACCUUGUGGACUCCAUCAUGAAGAGCGGACCAGGGGAUGAGUGGAUACAAGAACUGGAUGAGUUGUUUGGAAACCCCCAGUGAACGGGCUUGUAUAGUCUGGAGCUCUGGUUGUUACUUCCUUUUCUUUGUUUUUUUUUUAAGGCAAAGUUGGGUAUUCUCUCCGUCUUUGGAUUGUUGUUAUUUUGGUUUGAGUUGGUUUGGAUUGGGAUUAUUUUGUUUGUCUUCUUUUUUUCUUAAUCGUGCAAAUUGAGCUAAUCUGUAGCCAACUUGGGAAGAUUCAGGUGAUGCUGAAAAUGCCAGCACCACAAAACCUUCCACCAAGUAAUCCCUAUUGCACAGCAGCCUCCGCUGCAUGCCUAUGGAGCCGCACAGGGAAACGGGAAGAAACAGUCGAUGUCUCUGGUGGAGUAAAGUCGGUGUUUCCCAUUGCACAGAGAUACGAGGCGGUCCCAGCACCUCCCAGCUCAUUCUGCUGUAAACACCGCAACGUUCAGGGCACUGCAUGAGGAGCAUGGGAGCAAACCCUAAAGAAAGAAGCCUGCGGGUGCUUGCACAGGCCCUGGUCAGGAGGAGGCUUGACCCUGGGGUAGGGCCUCAGCGAGCCGCGCUCAGGUCAGCCACCGUGCUCACUGCAGAGUGAAGGGACCUGUGAAGAUGCAGCAGAACAUGAAUUUGGUGGUGCUUAGCUAGGUGGGUUAACUUGAUGAGCAGUUUAGUCCCCUUGGGUGCUUGGGAGAAGCAGUGGGGCUUCAGAGCACUGGAGCCUGUCUCUGCUGCCUGGAGGUGGAGAACAGCAGCUGGGAAUGGUACUGAAGGGCUAGGAGAUACCCAGGGACAUCCGUGUAGGUCCUAAACAGGUCCCCAACUCUCCUUCCUCCCCUAUGUGUUUUCAGUUUGCUUUUUUUCUCUCUUAUCUUUCAGCGUAAAACAAAGUAAACUCAAUGCCCUAAAACAAAGUAAACUCAAUGCCCUUCUUUCUAGAUGAGCAACAGCCACCACAUAUGGGCAGGAAGGAGAGGAGAAAACCGUCAUGAGCAAAUGCACAGGGAGAGUUUGGAGCUCAGGGUGCGUUGGCUUCUCUUCUCCUCUUGAACAGUGCAGCGUCAACAGAUGUUAUUGCCUCGGUGUUUGUGGGCUCUUGAUUUGUCACAUGCAACCUUCAUCUUCUGUUUUAAGCAGAUGUUUGGUCUGAUCUCUCUGAUUUUCUGAAAUAGAAUUCACUGCAGUAUUUGAAAAAUAGGGGUCAAGGAAGGACUGCUGUAAAGAACUUUAAUGAGUGGGUAGAAUAACUGAUUUAGUUACAGCAACGCCAGGGGGUCCCCCCGAUCAGCUUUUCGGCGGUAGAGACGCCAGGUG